UCUGAGGGGACCGCGCAAGGGGACGGACCGGGUUGCCGCGCCGCGGUCACGAUGUGGAGCCGCGUCCGUGGCUGGGGCGGCGCGGCCGGGGGCUCCUGUCGCUUCGCUGCGCGGCUCCUCGUCGGGCCAGCGAGCGGCUGGGAGGCGGCGGGGGUAGCGUGGCAGGAGGGGAGGCCUCACAGCAAAAUACAGAAACUCUUCAGCACAAGCAAUGUGCUUUCUACUGAGAAAGAUGAGUCUACCGCUUCCAAAGACACCACCACUGAAGUGGCAUCAAAGAGUCAGGAGGGUACAGCAGAAACACCAAAGCAGAAGUUGUUAGACAUUAUUGGUAACAUGAAAGUAGAAGUGAGCUACAAGAAGAAACUCCAACAGUUAAAAACACGUGAGAUCAAAAAGCAAGCCACAAACAAGCUGGAAGGCCUGGACAGUGAAGGUAGUGUGCUUCAGAAAACUACAGAAGGCACCCAGCGAGGCAAGCCUUUAAAUCCAGAAUUGGUGGAGGCUGCUUCUGCAGUUGCAUCUUCCCUGCCACGCGACAAGAAGCAGACAGAAUCAGAACUACUUGCACAACUAAGACGACACGAAGAAACCACAGAUAAACAGAAAAAGGGGGGAACUAUUAACAUACGCAACGUUAUUUCAGAAAUGGCAAUUAAAAAGCAGUCCUCAGCUCAGAGAGGUGUGAGGAUAUCCAAUCGCAUUUCCUUAGAGUUGGACGAGGAUGGUCAAAGAACCAAGCCUGAAAGAUUCUCACCUCAGUCUUUUGACUCCAGAAGAAGUCUCAAAGUAGGAAAGAGGCUUAAUAUAUUCACUAAGGCUUCUACAGAAGCAGAAAAUGCACUGAAAACAGUAUCUUCGCCAACAAUUUGGGAUCUGGAAUUUGCAAAGAAGAUUGCAGCAAUAGCUGCACAGCCUCCCCGAAAUGGUUUUGAGGAGAUGAUCCAGUGGACCAAAGAAGGAAUACUGUGGGAGUUCCCAAUUGACAAUGAAGCUGGGAUGGAGGAUGAUGCUGAAUUUCAUGAACAUAUCUUUCUGGAGAAACAUCUUGAAGGCUUCCCCAAGCAAGGACCUAUUCGCCACUUCAUGGAACUAGUCAUCUGUGGGCUUUCGAAAAACCCAUAUCUCAGUGUUAAACAGAAGAUUGAACAUAUUGAGUGGUUUCAGAAUUAUUUUGAGGAAAAGAAGGAACUUCUUCAAGAGAUUUGAUACUUGGGAAAGUGCUUAACCUUGAAGAAUCAUUAUGUCAAAAUUGAUGAUUUCUUAUAGUGGAAAUACUGUCAGUGCAUAGUAAUCAUGUGACCUGAAAGUUGUAUUUUAAAUAAUAAACUGAAAGGUCAUACUUUCAUGUGUGUAUAUGUAGGUAUUUUUCAACAACAAAAGAGCUGAAAAAUACGGCUUUUGUAUAAUGUGCAUUUAAAAUCUAGUUUUAUCAAAAUUGUUGUCUUUUACAUUUGAAACUAAUCUUUUGACCGUACAAAAUACUAGGUCUAAUUCCACUUCCUACACCCUUCACACUUAGUGUGUAUCUUGACAGGUUUGCUCACCUUUCCCAUCCUGGAAAACGUACAGUGCUUUCAUAUUUAAAAACUGCUGCAGCUCUAAUUUUGAAAAGCUGUUACUGAGAUAGUAACAGUUCAUUUUGCUAAUUCGUUAAAUACACUGGUAUUUGGAUGAUAUUAAUCCUUUCUAUCCUCCUCUCACUAAUCAUUUUUAUUGGUUCAUUUAAAAAUUUUUGGUAAUGACCAAGUCAUUUGAAUUGAAAGCUUGUUAGUUCAUCUGCUCAAUGAAAGGCUGUCACGUUCCUGAGAUGUGUGCACACUGUAAUACUGGUGAGUUGUAUGAAAUAAUUCAUCCAUUCUGAAGCUUUUGACCAACUUCUCAUCAGUACUUGUUGUUUGAAAAUGGCUCUGGUUGUCAAGUAAUCCAUAAAGCUCUGUGUGAUUAGAGCAAGCAGGUUUGUGAUUGUUCCAAUGUUUAGAGCUGAGGCUUCAUCUCCUGCAUCUGCAGGGCUGGCAAGGAGAGUUGCUACCUGCAGAUUGCUGUCGUGUGAUGCCACUGCUGUUUCCUGUCUCGUCCUCUGAUGUCGGUGAAGCGACUUCAUAUUUUCUAGAUGAUCCUUACUCUAAUUAAAUGCGUAUUGGUCCUUCAUAUCUGUUCAGCAAUUGCAAUAUAUUUUACUUCUUUCGUUAAAUUUUCAUCCAGAAUUAUUCGCUCGGUCAUUCAGAAUCCUCGAUUGUGUCUCACUGUUUAACUUUCCGGAGCAUUUCCAGCUCGCGUAUUGUGUUCUUCCUUGUUCUUUCCCAUUCACUCCAACUCUUUAGCAGCUACUGGCCCUAUAAAUAUCUUCUUCUCACAUUUCCUUGUAACUGAUGCAGGAAGGAGGAAGUUCUGGAAUGAAGGUAAACUACUGGCUGCUUAUGCAAACUGAUUUUGAAUCAAAAAUACAAGGAAACAAAUAAAAAGAAGAGUUGGCCUUUUUCUGUGCGUUAGAAUAUUGUUGCAGUGGUCCGUCCGCUCUUCUGCAGUAUGUGUGUUUGCCUGUCUGGCAAAGGGCAAGACUCGGGCUGUGGAAGGGAAAAGCAGCUUUUUGACUUUAUAACAGUAAGAACAGCGAGGUUCAAAUUCUGCAGAAAUUUUUAGAGGCUUCAUGGCUUUGGAGAGACAGAAUUGUAUCAAAGUCUCUCCAUUUAGUAUUAGGAUAGUUUUAAUUUUUGGUUCAAUGCCCAGAUAUGUUUUACUUCAAAAAUUCCAAAUUUCCACCAAACGACGAUGCACAGGCUGCAUACUGCUGUAUUUUGAGUCUUUUCUAAAACAAGGUACAGGGACUUUGAAUUCACCACGAGCUUUUAGAAAUAGUUCCUCUGCGUAUUUGUACCUAACCUGUGUUUUGAUAUGAAAGACAGGACACUCAUGAGCUUGGCUCUUGCUGGAAGAGGUUUGGGAGCUUUUGUCAUGUAUGAAAGUACUGAAUUUCACCGUGCUGGGAGCAAGGCGAAUGUUAUCAUUUAAACAGAUUGAUUAGGAGGUCAGUACUUCGACAAGCUCUUAGCAAGAGCUGUUGGUGCUUAGGAUCUUUGGAAAGCUGUAGUAAUUCCUACUUAGGUGCUUAAAUAUAGAUUUGAGAGUUAAUACUAGGCAACAGGAUUUGAAUAAUCAGACCUAACUGCAUAUGUACUGGUGCUCACUGGGACUGCUCGAGGCACAUUAAGAGCCCAAGUGGCAUGGCUUUUAGGUGUGGGGUUUUUUUCUUGGUAGUCUCAAAGGAGUAGGCUUGCAGAAAUUUAAAGCAUUGCUUACAGAUUAGUCACUUAGAAGCAUAAAAAUCACCCGUUUGCAGCCCAAAGGAUAAAAGACGUCUGCCGUUGUUCGGAACGGAGCCAGUGCUGCAGCUAGUGUUUCCUACUUGGGCUUUUCUUACGAUGGCUGGUUUUCCCCCUUUUGUAACUGGUUAGGUGGUAUUACCUGUAACUUAAUGGACUCAGCAUCAGGCAAAUAUUUAAAUAAUAAAUAAAUUUGUCCUAGGCAAAAUAGCGUUCGUUA